UUAUAUCCCUCACGUUGGUCGUAUGUGGAUCCGUCUCUAACCUGCGAACUUGGACGGUAACCCACCAUGGCGGCGACUAUGUUGCAGAAGAGGCUGCUCUCUCUCUUCGUCCGUAAUCAGACUCAGCCCCACUCCGCUUCCCUCAAAGAACCUUUUUGGCAACUUCUUCCUUCAGCAACUGCAUCCUUUAGCAGCUCCCAAGUUUGUAAAGGAGAGAUUCAGACUCAAACAAAUCCAACCAGCCAUGUUAAUAAGGAUUCAGAAAAUCAUGAAGCUGACAGUUUGAAGCCUGAUGGCGAUUCAGCUAAUGUUCCCUCCAAUAUACAUAGUAAUGACAGUUCGACUGUUAAGUAUUCUGCCACUUCAAACUUGAAAACAUCGUCAAGGCAUGAUCUUGCAAUGAUCUUUACUUGCAAGGUCUGUGAAACAAGAUCCAUCAAGACAGUUUGUCGCGAAUCAUAUGAGAAGGGAGUAGUGGUGGCUCGGUGUGGCGGGUGUAAUAAUCUACACCUGAUUGCAGAUCAUCUUGGAUGGUUCGGAGAACCAGGAAGCAUUGAAGAUUACUUGGCUGCUCGCGGUGAGGAAGUGAAGAAAGGUUCUGUUGAUACCCUGAAUUUGACACUCGAAGAUUUAGCUGGAAGGGAACUUUGAAAGAAUUAUACAGCAGUACAUCAGAAAAGUUUUCUGUGUUAUGUCUUACUUCAUCUCUGAACCUUAGUCUGAUUUUGCUUUGUCAA